AUGGGCGUAGGAGAGGCCAUCAGAAGAUACCCCAAGGAAAUCUUCUGGUCUGGUAUCUUUGCCUUUGGUCUGAUCAUGGCAGGUUACGACGCUCAGAUUAUUGGUUCGUUGUAUGGUUUGGAUUCUUUCAACAAUCAUUUUGGUGAUUUGCAAGACGAUGGAACCUACGCAGUCUCUGCUGCAUGGCAGACUGCCAUUAGCAUGGGUACUCCAAUUGGACAGAUCUUGAUUAUUAUAUAUGCGUAUCCUUUGGAAGCAUUUGGACGCAAGCGGACUUAUGCUUUUACCGCAGCUGGGUGUAUUGCUUUGGUUUUCAUGCAGUUUUUUGCAUCCAAUCUGAAGGUUCUAUGCGCUGGCGAAAUUCUUGCAGGUAUCCUAUGGGGUGGUUGUGUUUUGAUUGCACCAACUUAUUCUUCCGAGAUCAGUCAUAACUCUAUAAGAGCUGUUUUGGAGGCUGCUAACAACAUCGGAUUCGUCAUUGGACAAUUUAUCGGAAACGGUGUUAUGGAUGCUAUGAGUGACAGAACCGAUAGAUACGCGUAUAAGAUCCCAUUCGCCGUGCAAUGGAUCUGGCCCACACUAAUCCUUGCGUUCAUUUACUGGGCUCCCGAAUCCCCAUACUGGUUGGUGCGUAAGGGCAGAAUUGAUGACGCUAGAGCUGUUUUGGUUCAGUUGGCCCCAAAGGAUGAACCAGUCGAAGCAAUCGAGCAAAGACUUAUUCUUAUCCAAGAGACUGAUGCUUUGGAGAGAGAAUUGGAACAGACCACUUCUUACAAAGAUAUCUUUCGCGGAACAAAUUCUAUCAGAACCGAAAUUGCUUCAAUGGUCUAUGUCAUUCAGAUUUUUUCUGGUAUUCCCCUUUGCAUGAACUACUCGACUUUUUUCUUCGAGAAAGCUGGUUUGGCGGAUAGUGAUGCGUUCUCUCUUUCUCUUGGAUCCACUGCUAUUGGAUUCGUCUUCACCGUUUUGUCUUGGUUCUUACUCUCCUACUUUGGUAGAAGAGUCCUUUAUACAGGCGGUUUGGCCAUUGCCACAGUCCUUCUGUUUUUGAUUGGCUUCUUAGACGUGUCCCCUUCUUACGAUACCAAUGACAGUUUACGUUGGGCCCAAGCUUCGUUCGUUUUGAUUUGGUCUGCUGUUUGGCAGUGUACCGUUGGUCCAGUCAUGUACGUUGUGAUCGGUGAGAUUCCAUCAACGAAACUACGUGGGAAAACAAUUGCAUUUGCAACUGCUAUGCAAUCUGUAACUGCGCUUGUGUUCUCCAUUAUCAUGCCAUACAUCCUUGAUGAAAACGAAGGAAACCUCAGAGGUAAGGCUGGUUUUAUAUUUGGAGGUCUUUCAUUGAUUUCCGUGGCUUGGUGUUAUCUCAGAUUGCCUGAAACGAAGGGUAGAACCUUCGACGAGAUUGACAUCAUGUUCCACAGAGGUGUUGAUCUAAGGAAGUUCAGCGGCUACAACAUUAUGUCUGAACCUGAAGAUAUCAUGAGCACCUUGGAUGGUGAAAUAAUUAUGAAGGCAGUAACCAGCAGAGACAAGGCCUGA